AUGCUUUUGAGGAAUAGUCCGUUUUCCAAUACCCUUAAUCGGUUCCGGUUUUUUCACUUAUAAUAUCCGAGAUCACGUGACACCAGACAUUCCUGAGUUGUUUACGUUAUGGAUAGCGGCACUUUCGAUUCGAUGAAGGUAAAUGAUUUACAGGAAUUUUUGGCAAAGCGUGGCAUAACGACAACGAAUUUACGGAAAAAAGACCUUUUACAACUCUGUGAAGCCGUUAAAUCAUUGGAUUUGCCGGUAGAUCCAGAUUUUGCUCGUCAGUCUACUGCCGUUGAUUUGAAGCAAAAACUGUCAAGUCUACCAAUUUCGGACCCGUUUGUAGACAAAAACUUCACAAAUGACUUCUCAGAAGUACCAACCAAUUUCACUUUAUUUGACAUAUUCAAUUAUCUUUUGCACAAAACAUCAGAUUAUGAUAAAAAGAAGUUGCGGGCUUAUAAAUCAUGCGAAGACUACAGGCUGUUCAUAGAUGGAUAUGUCGAAAGUCUGACUUUCAAUAAAUGUGGAGACGCUGAAGUUUGUUUGUUUCGUGCAAAAGUUAAACCAACACAGAAAGACAAAACAUAUUGCUGUACAAAAUUUUAUCAACUGUGGUUCGCUAUCAAGAAAUCAACUGGAGAAGUCACGUCAGCCUACUGUACCUGUAUAGGCGGAAUGGAUGGUGCAUGUAGACAUGUUUCUGCUGCCCUCUAUGAAUUGGAGGCCUAUGAGAUAAAGUCGGUUACAGAUGGAGAGAACAAGUGGAUGAAAAGGCCAAGAAGUCAUGACUGUCCUGUGCCUAUUAAAAUUUUGAAGAUUGUGAAAGCAAAAUAUUCUGUUUUGAAUGAAGAGAAAGAAAACAUUUUGGACCAGUAUGAUCCAAGAUCGGUUGAUGACCGUAACACGAUGGAUGUAGCUAUGUUUACUAAGAAGUUACUGCAGUUGCAACCAGAUACACAGGCAAUUGAUAUUCUAGAGCAUGAUCCUAUCCAUCAGGCAGCUGGAUCAGAAAAUGUGCCAGGACCAUGUUUGGCUUAUUCACUGAAAGAGCAGUUGGAAAACUUAUCUAGUGCAGUGUCAGGUAAUAGAACUCCAACUGCAGCCCAGUUUCGAGAAGAACUUGGACACUUUACACCUGAAGUCAUCAAGGAUAUAGAACAUUGCACAAGAGGUCAAGCUGAAAAUCCAACAUGGAAAGCUUAUAGAUAUGGAAUGCUGACAGCUUCUUAUUUUCAUAGAAUUUGUAAAGCAGUAGAAAAGGGCUCUUGUCCACAAUCUUUACUUAAAUCAAUCAUGUCGAAAUAUGACACAGAUAUUCAUGUUCCAGCUUUAGAAUGGGGAUUAAAAAAAGAAAAGGUUGCUUGUGACCUUUACACAAGAGCAAAUAGGUCUGUACACAAGAGAGUAGUUGUUGAGAAAAGGGGUUUGUAUAUCAUGAGUGAUUAUCCUUUCAUUGGCUGCAGUGUAGAUGGCAUUUUCACUUGUCGUUGUCACGGGAAGAAAAUUAUUGAGAUCAAGUGUCCAUAUUCUUUAAGACACAUGCAUCCUAGAGAAGUUGCCAUUCAAAAAGGAUGUGUAAUUAUUGGGAACAAAUCUUUAGUUACUGAGAAAUCUGAGUACUACCAUCAGAUGCAAGGUCAAAUGGGUAUAUAUGGCAUUUCUUGUUGUGACCUCGUGAUUUACACUGAAAAAGGUAUACAUGUUUCACAACUCGAUUUUGAUGAAAAGUUUUUUAGUGAUAUUGUAAUGAAAAUGAAAGAAUUCUUUGACAAGUAUUUAUUUCAACAUCUGUUGGCUGAUGUUACAAAUACAUGUAUGAAAUGAAAUGGAGAUGCAUUUUUUGCUCUACUGUGAACUGAUAAUAUAUUUAUCACAACUUGGAACAUAUUGAUAGUUUAUCUAAGCAUACUCACAUCCUUUCACUCUUAUGCAUACAAUGUUAUAAUUUUAAAAAAAUCAGUUGUUUACCAUGUUUAAUAUUAUUUAAAAAAUGUAAUUCAAAUUUGCCCAAAGUGUGUCAAAAUAUAGCAUUCAAAAUAAAAUGGUAGACAUGGGCACCAUCAUAUUGUUUUAUCAUUUCUUUUUAUCAUUGUAUAAUUAUAAACAAAGUGAAAAAUCAAGGAUUAAUACAUGUAACGUACAUCGCAUAUGUACUUUUGUGACAAAUGCAAGCAAUGUUACAUGACAAACAAGUGGAUGAAUUUGCUUUUGUUUCAGCUAUCCAAUAUGGCAUUAGAACAAGAAUUGUAUUCUUUAUAUUAAACCAUAAAAUUUAUGUAAAGAUUUAAACAUGGAAACAAUAAUGUGACCAAUAAUAUUAAUACAUAACAUAAAAUCUAUUUCACCAACUGACUAUCUAAAUUGCACAAAGCUGCACAUAAACAUACAACCUGGUCUAAAAUUGGUUUUAAUUUAAGUGGUAUAACCCCCUGCAAAAUAUUAAAACAUUUUAGGCGACCAAUUGCUCUUUCAACAUGAAUUCUUGCUCUAGCUAUGCGUCUUGUUUUUGUAACAGCCAUACCAGAAAGUUGUUUAUUAAAUGCAAAAGGAGGUAUGUUUAAUGUGGCUCCCUUUAGUGCCAGGUUUCCUCUUAUUAAAAAGCCACGAUCUGCCAUAAUAUCAUCACCUCUUUCAAUAUUAUCUAAAAAGCCAGAUUCUUCAACAAUGCGUUUAUCAGAAAUACUGCCUGUGAAUAAAUUAGACAAAAAACAAAAUGAACCUUUUGGCGUUAUGGCAACUAAAGACUUAAACGUAUUAUGAUGCUUAUAAGAUGACCAUGUUAUUCUCUGUGAAGAUGGAAUACUGGGUUUUUGAACAAAAAAUUCAGUACAAUCAAUUAUACAUCUUGUGCUAGGAAAAUAUUUAAAACAUUUAGGAAGGUUUUGUACAGUUUGAUAUCUGAAUGGCCAAGAAAUCAAGAAUUUAAGUUCCAAGUAAAGAAAAGUAGUCCAAGUAAAAAAAAUUUUGCUGACAGUUCCUGCCUUUACACCAAACAUGGCACCCAAAGUUGUUGUAUCUAUGCCUCUUCUAAGUCGUAUCAGGGUCAUUACCAUUUCCUCUAAAAUACUUAAGUGUCUUUUUGGUCCUUUUCUUU